UUGCUUGUACACGACACGCGUGUGCUCGUUCCGUUUACCACAUUUCGACUGCUGGUGCCUUUGUAGGGCCAGUGCGCAGCGCGCCUGUUUAGUAUCACCACGACACGAUCUCCUCCUUCAUUUUACACGAUUUCGUCGCCAGUACUGUGCAAGAUAAUCAUCAUACUUACGCCUUACCUCCAGCACUUCUCUUAAAACCUUUUCUUCAUGUCUUACCAGCCCAAGUCCACGCCGCUCGUCGCUCCCGGGCACACUAGACCGGUCACCCACCUUUCCUUCUCCCCAAUUCAGGACGAUGGUUCCUUCCUUCUCGUGUCGAGCUGCAAAGAUGGCAAUCCCAUGCUGCGCGAAUGGACUGGCGACUGGAUAGGCACCUUCUUGGGCCACAAGGGCGCAGUCUGGAGUACCAAGCUCAGUCCAGACGCGUCGCGUGCCGUCUCUGGGAGCGCUGACUUUACUGCGAAAAUCUGGGACUCGUACUCCGGCGAAGCGCUGCACUCAUUCCCGCAUAAUCACAUCGUCCGCACCGUCGCUAUAUCGCCUAGCGCGUCCCAUAUUCUCACUGGCGGUCAAGAGAAGAAAGUCAGGAUCUUCGAUCUCGCUAGACCGGACGCGGAACCCGAUUUCCUCCUCGAUCCCGGCCCUUUCUCGCACGAGGGGACGGUUAAGAGCGUAGUUUGGGUGGGCGAACAUACAGGCGUCUCCGCUGGCGAGGACGGAAUGAUCAAAUGGUGGGAUCUGCGAACCAUGAAGCUCACCACAACCCUUUCGUUCCCGAACCCCAUCCAAUCUAUGGAACUAUCGCCUCAGACUAAACGUCUUGUCGUCACCUCUGGCAACACUGUCGCCUUCAUCCCCGAACUUCCAGGAGGUGGAGUCACCACGCACAGCGUCAACCUACCCUACUCCCCUUCUUCGGCCUCCAUCCACCCUAUCUUGCAGGAUCGCUUCGUCACCGGUAAUCUUGGCGAUGAAUGGGUCCGCGUUCAUAGCCUAGACGGCACGGAGCGGGACGUUCUGAAGGGUCAUCAUGGUCCUGUGCAUUGCGUCGAGUUUAGCCCUGAUGGUGAGAUGUAUGCGAGUGGGUCAGAGGAUGGCACAAUUCGGCUGUGGCAGACGACACCCGGGAAGACUUACGGCCUCUGGCAGGGUACCAAUGGCGCGUAGUGGAGGUGUAUAAUCCUGGAUUGCGCAUACACUCUCAUACUGUAAUCUCAGUUAUUUGGAAGGACCGCUGCCAUCUCGCGCAUUCUCAAA